GGCUCUCAGCAUCGGGUGUCGGCGUGGUCCUCGCACCCCACCAAACCCCGCGGAACCUUCCGCGUGGCCAUGGCUCAGCCUGUGAGACCCGUGAGCAUCAGCGCCCCGGUCACCAUCUCCACGGGGGCGCCCGUGGUGGUCUCCAGCCCGGUGCCCUACGGCGUGGCGCCCGGCGCGCCCGGCGCGCCACAGGUCACGUACCGGGCGCCGGCGCCGGUGACCUACCCGGGCGGCUACGUGGGCGGCCCGGUGCCGCAGGGCCGGGUGAUCCAGGCACCCCUCACCGGCGUGCCUGGAGCUCCGGUGGUGCAAAGCCGUAUUGUGCGAACUUCACAGGCGACUCUACCACUCACCAAGACUACCACGGUGACCACACGGCCGAAUACCGUCGGUGGCCCCGCGUACUCGCAGAGUGCCUAUGAGACGAAACAUGAAAAGGAUGAACAACUCCAAAACUUGAAGGAAUUGAGAAAGACCUGUGGCUUGAAAGAGAUCCCAGUGAACGAUGGACUGCAGGCAUUCAAGAAGGGAGGAGCGUUGUCUGAUGGUGAAGGGUUUAGUAAGUUGACCCGGGAGAAGUUCGUGGAAGUCUACAGCAGCUUGCUCCAAGAACACCAGGUGGAGGUGCCCUCGGAUGAAGUGAAGAAUGCCGUUUUUGACUUGUUUGAUCGCGAUGACAACAAUGUGGUCGACAUGAUGGAGUUAGUGUGUGGAAUCUCUCUGCUCUGCAAAGGGUCGGAGGACGACAAGAUCCAGGCAGUCUUCAAAGUUUUCGAUGAGAACGACGACGGUUUCAUCUCCAUGGACGAGAUGUACAAGUUCUUAACCUCGGUCUUUAAGGUCGUGCUGACACCCGCUGUAAUUGGUGCUAUGAACAGCAUGGGUGUCAACGUCGAGUCGGCGGAGGACUUGGCGUCGGUGACCUCCCUGGAAUGCUUCAAGACGGCGGACUUGAAUCAUGAUGGUCGGCUGUCAAUUGACGAGUUCAAGUCGUGGUUUUACGGCCCGCGAAACGACCCUGCCUUCAUGUUCUCGCCGGUGCGAAAGCUGCUGCAGUGAGCGGGCAGGUUUGAGAAAUUAGGUGGUGUCCGGUGACCACGGUGAUUUCUUGAAAGAGAGGUGACCACGCAGAGAAGC